UGUCUUUAAGCCUGUAGUCUCACAUUAUGGGGGGCUGUACUGGUGUGGCCCCCUCAACUGCAACUCCUCCUCAGAGUGCAGUGAGCCCCUGGCACUGGUGGUGACAGGAGUGUUCCCCCCACCCUCCCUCUCAGCCCACCCGAGCCCUGUGGUGGAGGCAGGAGGGAGGGUGACCCUCUCCUGCAGCUCAGAGACAGCAUCGGGCACUUUCCACCUUCUGAAGGAGGAUGGCGCUGACCCACCCCUCCACAUGGAACAGCGACCCUCCCCUGGGAGACCCCAGGUCCUCUUCCCUGUGGGCCCCGUGAAUGCGUCCCACGGGGGCACCCACAGGUGCUACGGCUCCUCCAGCUCCUACCCCCAGCAGUGGUCAGAGCCCAGCGACCCCCUGCAUCUCGAGGUUACAGGGGUGUUGGAGGUGCCCUCCCUGGUGGCCCAGCCAGGCCAGCUGGUGCUGACCGGGGACAGCCUGACCCUGCAGUGUCGCUUCCAGGCCGGCUUUGACACAUUCUCCCUGACCAGGGAAGAAGAUCCCUGGGGCCCAGAGCGGCUGGAUGGGCAGCGCAGCCCUGACUUCCCCCUGGGCCCCGUCAACAGCUCCCAUGGGGGCCGGUACCGGUGUCUCGGGAGACACAGCCUGGCCCACAUGUGGUCAGCCCCUAGUGACCCCCUGGACCUCCUGGUGGUGGGUGAGGAGCCCCCCAGGGUUCUGGGCCUCCCUACCCAUGGGUGA